AGUGAUAAUAUUGCUUAAAUCACCUAUUCUGCUUUGUUGGCAUAAAAUAUAAAGAUGGUUUUUCUUUCGUAAAAGUAAUUUAAAAUUUUAAUACACCUUAUUUACUAACAGCAAACAUCCUUGAUAAAAUUAGCACUUAAUGAAGUGGUAUUAAAAUCACUCUUCAGUCUGGAAAAUGGGAUCCACGAAUAUUGGUUAUGAACUGUUAAAAAACAGUACUCCGCAGCAAAAAGAAUGCCUUGAUUUUGUUCCUGACAGAAUGAUGCCCGUGUCAACUAUGCACAGAAUGGCUUUGAAAGCUCAAGAGAAUAUAAUUCUCAUGAUGAACAAUACUCGCAUGCUUACGAGGCAUCAUCGUUUAGCAAGCAUGAAUGAUGUGCUUAUCUACUUGACGGGUAAUCAUGAGGAUCAAGGUCUACCCGGUGACAGAGGGGACUUCUAUCGACGAAAGCUGGCUGAACAGAUCUACCUCCAUUAUGCCGUCCAAAAUAUUGAUCAUACCAAUGUGCUGAUUUUGGUGGAGGGCUUGAUUCGUCUUGAGAGAGAUUGUCGUCAGGUUCUGGCUGCUUUGGCCUGUCACCGUGCUGAAGCUCCUCCAAUUAAUGUAGAUGGUCAAAUUCUUGAUGUCAUUGGUCGCCUUGCUGAAGUUCACUGAUGUUCAUUAAAAGUGUGCAGUAACUUUUUCUUUUACAAGUAAUGGAGAAAUUUCAACAAAACCAAAACAUCACUUCCAGAAACCUUACAUCUUUUAUUAGUAUAUCUCUUGCAUGGACUGUGAUAUUUCUUUUUACAAAAGCCAAUAUAUAACAAGUAUAUACAUAUAUAUUUGUGUGUGUGUAAUUAUCUUAUUGUAUAAAUUAGUUGUUACUUCAAAAGAGAGGACAUCCAUUAUAUCAUUAUCCAGUAUACAUAUUUAUGUGCAGAAAUCUUCAUAAAUAACCUAAAAUAAUAUCAAAGUUAUGAAAUUAAAAAUGAAAGUAACACCCAUUUUAAAAUAGUCUUCUUUGUAUGGUUCUAGCACCUUGUUCUUCCAUUAUUUUUCCUCAAAUGCUGUUACUCUCAAUGGUAUAGAAAUGAAAUAAUAAAGCAAAAAAAAAAUAAUUCCAGACAAGAUAUUAAGAAAAAAUUAAUUGCAUUGAACCAGAGGUGUAGUGAGUAAAAUGUGCGCACCGGGCAAGAAAAUUUAUUAGUGCCCCCCCCCCUUUUUUUUUUUCCAUGAACAUCACAUAGAAAUAUAUGCUUACAAAUAAAAGGUAUUGAAUACUAAUCAGAUACAGAUAACCUUAGAAUGUAUUACCUAACUGAAAUAUCAACAAUAUUUUUUUGGGCGCCCCUCCCCCUGGAGGUAGCACCAGAGGCAUGGUGCCCCCUUUCCCCCUCUCACCUAUGCCUCUACAUUGAACCCUCUUUUUUUUUUUUUUUUUAGAAAAAAUAAA